AAAAUGGCUCUUUCCGGGGACACGAAAUAUGACUGUAUUGUUAUAGGGGCUGGAAUCCAGGGCUCCUUCACAGCCUAUCACCUUGCUAAGCUCAGAAAGAAGACCCUGCUACUAGAACAGUUCCCCCUUCCACACUCCAGGGGAAGCUCGCAUGGACAAACACGCAUUAUUCGCAGAGCGUAUGAAGAACAUUUCUACACUCACAUGAUGGAGGAAUGCUAUCAGUUGUGGACUGAAUUGGAGAAAGAAUCAGGGGCACAGCUGUUUAGGAAAACAGGUCUUCUGGUCUUAGCAAAAGCUGGAAAUGAAGAAUAUGAGAAAGUCUGCAAGAACAUGUUAGAGAAUCAGAUCCCAUGGGAGAGUCUGAGUCCAGCAGAAAUGAAGCUCCGAUAUCCUGGUUUGUUUUUGAGUCCCGGGGAAGUUGCCUGUUGUGACAUCAAUGGUGGAGUUCUAUUUGCGGAGAAGGCUCUGAGAGCUUUACAGAUGCUUUUCAAACAAAUGGGUGGAAUAAUUCGUGAUGGAGAGAAGGUGAUGCACAUUAAGCCGGGGCCCGUGGUUACUGUGACAACCACUUCAAGUAUCUACCAGGCUGACGGCCUUGUCAUAACAGCAGGACCUUGGGCCCAAAAGGUCCUACGUCCCCUUGGCCUUCAACUCCCACUAAAGACGCUGAGAAUUAAUGUAUGUUACUGGAGAGAGAAGAUUCCUGGCAAAUCUGGGAUCCUGCAGAGCCUUCCUUGCUUUUUGGGUUUUAAUCUCAAUGGAGAGGAGCAUGAGGUGUAUGGGCUUCCCUCGCAAGAAUAUCCAGGCCUUAUUAAGAUAUGCUUUCAUGGAGGAAACGAAGCAGACCCUGAAGAGCGUGACCUCAAAGCCCAAAAUCCCAACAUACAGGAUAUUGAAAAACUCAGCAGCUUUAUCAGUCGCUAUAUUCCAGGCUUACACCCAAAGCCUGCUGUGGUGGAACAGUGCAUGUAUACGAACACACCAGAUACAAAUUUCAUAUUGGAUCAUCACCCACUUCACAAAAACAUUGUCAUUGGCGCUGGAUUUUCAGGCCAUGGAUUUAAGUUGUCGCCAGUGGUGGGUAAGAUCCUCAGUGAACUCUGCAUAGGAGAGAAACAGUCCUAUGACCUAAAGCCUUUCCGGAUCUCGCGUUUCAAAACCCCAUUGAAGGCAGCAUUAUAAAGUAAAUUGCAGAGGAUUGGCCUAUCAGAAGCCAUGUUGCGCUACCGUACUUUGACCUUUUCGAUUAAUCGGUGGAUAAAGAUGGCUAAACUCCUUAAUUAAGGCUCAAGACCUAAUGAGUCCAUUUAUUUGAAUAUUAAGCGGCAAGUGUUUUAAUUAACGCUAUUUCAAGACAUAUUUAAUGUGAUCCAUAUAAUACAUGAAAUGGGACGUUAAGAUAGGCGUCUGUAUUUUUUAUAGAGGAAUUGGUAAAGGUGCAGUUAUGCUGAGCACCUUUAAACUUAUUACUAAUUCUAAUACAGUUAUAGGACCUGUUAUGCAGAAUGCUCAGGACCUGGGGUUUUCCAGAUAAGGGAUCUUUUUGUAAUUUGGAUCGCCAUACCUUAAGUCUGCUUAAAAAUUAUUUAAACAUGAAUUAAACCCAAUGGCAUUGUUUUGCCUCCAAUAAGGAUUAAUUACAUUUUAAUUUGGAUUACGUAUAAGGAACUGUUUUUUUAUUACAGAGAAAAAGGAAAUUCUUUUAAAAAUCUUAAAAUAUUUGGUUAAAAUGGAGUCUAUGGGAGAUGGUCAUCUCGUAAUUCAGAGCUUUCUUGAUAACGAGUUUCCAGAUAACAGAUCCCUUGCUUGUACUGGAAAAGUUUUAUUCAGGAUGAGAUGCUAUAUGCCAUUGAUAACUUUUUCAGUAACCGUUAGGUGAAUUUUCACGGACCUCACAAUCAACCUGGCUACACUCAUCCAUUUUUCUCUGCUAAAUCAUGAAAUGCAAUAAACUAAAAAAUCAAAUGCAUCAGAAAUAAAUAAAAUAUUUUUUCACUGGCA